AGCAAAGCAAAGCAAUUGAAUUGUAUGUACAAUGGCAGCCGCUGCCAAAAAAAUAAAAAUUGAAGCCGCGGCCUCAACCGUGAGUUUGAAGCUUCUGAUCGACUCAAAGGCCAGAAGAGUAUUGUUCGCCGAAGCCGACAAAUCCUUCGUGGAUUUCUUGUUCCACCUCCUGUCGUUUCCGCUCGGCUCCGUCAUCAAGCUUGUAAGCGAGAACUCCAUGGUCGGAUCCCUCGGAAAUCUCUACAGCAGCAUCCAAAAUCUCAGCGACACGUACCUCCAGCCCGAUGCAAACAGAGACGUCCUUCUUAACCCAAAAGCGCCGCCUAUUCUCUCUUCCGAUGUUCCCCUCCUUCCCGCCGGUGAUGACGUUUCCCCUCCUUCGGAUACCGGGGCGGUUUACGCGUGUACUCAGGGCUGCGAAUACUACUCUGAUGACUCGGAAUCCAUUUGUCCCAAGUGUGUUAAGGCCAGCAUAAAGUGCCUGAUGAAGUAUGUUGCUCCGGUAAAGACGGCGACGACGGGGGGAUCUACUCGGGAUGGGAGUGGAAGUUGUAGUGGGUUUGUGAAGGGUGUUGUGACGUAUAUGGUGAUGGAUGAUUUGAAGGUGAUGCCGCACUCCACCAUUUCUACCAUUAAUGUUCUGAAUCAGUACGAUAUUAAGGACUUCGGAUCCCUCGAGGUCAAGGUUGUUCCUUUGGGUGUUGAUGAGGGAUUGAAGGUGUUGAAGGCAUCUCUGCAGACUAAAUCCGUUCUCACAACUGUCUUCCUCCCCUAAUUGCCAACCCGAUCGACUGCAACUUCCAUAUAUGUUCUGGCUUGUACCAUGCAUGAAUGGUGCAUGUUAUGUUAUCCUGAUAUUAUUAAAUUAUGCUAGUUGUUUUGUUUGUACUUCGGGUCCUAUUUUGGUUCUUAUUUAUUUAACGCUGAGUUUUGUUUUUUU